AUGUUUAAACCCCUUUCAAGUGUAGAAAAAAGUGAUGGACAUAGCCGUACUCCUCUUAUAGUUGCCUGCAUCGAAGGUAAAACAGAUCUGGCAAAAACUCUAAUAAUGAAAGGUGCCGACAUUAAUAUCGCUGACAAUGACGGAAAUACACCAUUGUAUUGGUCCUGUGACGGUGGUUACAUCGAUCUAGUUAACUUAUUGUUAAAAAACGGUUCUGAAAAAGAUAAACAGAACAAUGAUAGAAUAACACCUCUAAUGCACGCUUGUGAUAAAGGAUAUAUAUCAAUAGUUAAACGUCUUAUCGAAAAGGGUGCUGACAUACACAUUACCGACAAGGAAGGAGACACUGCAAUUGCAUGGGCUUGUAACGGUGGUAAAAUUGAAAUUGUAAAUUUAUUGAUACGUCGCGGCUUAGAUAUACAUAAACCUAACAUUUAUGGACGUACACCCCUUUUGUGGGCAUGUGAACAAAGACAUUUGUCAGUAGUAAGGCAUCUUAUUAACAGAGGUGCUGAUAUUUAUAUUACCGACAAACAAGGAGAUACUCUUUUUUCGUGGUCAUGUUAUGGUGGUAACAUUGAUAUAGUAAACAUAUUGAUAGAUAAAGGUUGCAAUAUACAUAAACCUAACAAUUAUGGAAAAACACCUCUGAUGGACGCUUGUAGUAUAGGACAUCUGUCAAUAGUUAACCGUCUCCUAGAUAAGGGUGCUAACAUUAACAUUACCGACAAGACUGGAAACACACCAUUUUCUUGGGCCUGUUUUGGUGGUAACAUUCAUAUAGUACAUUUACUAAUAGAUAAAGGUUGCAAUAUACAUAAAUCUAACAAUUAUGGAAAAACACCUCUGAUGGACGCUUGUGAUAAAGGACAUCUGUCAAUAGUAAACUGUCUUAUAGAAAAGGGUGUUAACAUUAACAUUACCGACAUGAAAUAUAACACGCCGUUUUCCUGGGCCUGCGCUGGUGGUAACAUUGAUAUAGUAAAAUUACUAAUAGCUAAACAUUGUGAUAUACAUAAACCUAACAUUUAUGGUAAAACACCUCUGAUGGAAGCUUGUGAUAACGGACAUCUGUCAAUAGUGAACUGUCUCAUACAAAGAGAUGUGGAUAUCAACAAUACCGACAACGAGGGUAACUCGAUAUUUACCUGGUCGUGUUUUGGUGGUAGCAUUGAUAUAGUAAACAUAUUAAUAGAUAAAGGUUGUAAUAUAAAUAAACCUAACAUUUAUGGAAAAACACCUCUGAUGAAAGCUUGUGAUAACGGACAUCUGUCUAUAGUAAAGUUACUUAUUGAGAGAGCUGUUGACGUUAACAUCAUCGACAGGGACGGAAACACAGCAUUGGCUUUGGCUGCAUCAAAUGAUUACAAAGAUAUAGUUAACUUUCUCACAGAUAAUGCUCGUGGUAGACAUGAUGACUGUGAUACCGUAAACAUUACAUUACACGAAAACAAAGAUGAAAAAUUAUAUGAAAGAAUAGAGUUGAAGAAAGGUAUGUUGAACUAG